AUGAAAGUACACGUGAAGAAGAAUAACGGUUUCAUUAUUUUGUUGGCGAUAUUGAUAGGUUUUUGUGUGAAAACCGAGGGUUCGACAACAGUGACAUGUGAACCUCAAUAUGGGUUCUUGCCAUGCACAAGUGAUAUUUGGGGAAGACUUUUCUUAAUCGUGGUUUAUCAAUACGUUCUAUCCCUUGCUCAAACCUAUGUUUCCAAAGGAUCCGAUAAGUUUUUUGGUCUUAUCGGGCCGGGUAUAUUUGGGGCUAGUUUGUUCCACAUUCUUGCAAACUUUCCUUCACUUUACCUUGUCCUUCAAUCUGGAUUAUCAACUGAUGAAGAAGGUGCAUCUAGUAACACAGAAAUGGGAAUGAAUAUACUAACAGGAUCAGCAGUUAUGAACUUAACACUAAUCUGGCCAUUGGUCAUUACUUUCGGCAGCUAUAAUCUAGCGGACGAUGAGGAGGAGGACUCCGUUUCGCAACAACAACUUCCAGCUGAAGACGAGCCAUCAUUCUUACAGAAAUUAACAGCAUAUGGUGUUGCAACCGAUAAUGAAACAAGCUACACUGCAAGAAUCAUGCUUGUCGCGGUGAUCCCUUUUUUCCUCCUCCAACUCCCAGCAAUCCUUAAUUCAACAUCAGUAACCCGAGUUAUACUUUUAGUCACUCUCAUCAUUGUGGUGUCUCUCUUCUUUGCUUACAUGACAUAUCAGAUGUUCCAACCAUGGAUACAAAAUAGGGGGUUUGAAUAUGCGACACAGCGAUUUGUCAAGAGCAAACUAGAAGCACUACUUUCCACUAACGGAAAGCCAAAUGUGCGACUUAUCAAAGAGAUCUAUGAAGGACUUGACAAGAAUAAUGAUGGCAAGGUAUCGAAUGCUGAGUUGAAAAACUUAAUAUUAGGAAUACAGUUGCAAGAAGAGGGUGUAAUAAGUGAUACUGUCGUAGACAAAGUGUUUGAUCAAUUGGACAUAUCGGGUGAUGAGAUUAUUCAAGAGAGUGAAUUCAUUAGAAUCAUGAUGAAAUGGCUACGGGACGCAAGGAGGUCAACCUCUCAAAACAACGAUUACAACCCUAUUAGCUUCUUCCUCAAACGUAACGUGGGUGCAGAUGAUGAAGAAGGGCAGACCCCUCUAAUACCGAAGGACAGCCCUAACACUACACCAAGCUCGAUAUUAGAGUUCUUAGAGGCUUUAUGUUUGGUAGUCUUUGGCACUGGUGCGACCAUGCUCAUUUCAUCGCAGCUUACAACACACGUUUGGACUUUUGCUAGUCAAGCAAACGUCCCUUCCUUCCUGAUUCCCUAUUUUAUAAUACCGUGUUUCUCAAACAGAUCACGUAUGUUAUCAACAAUUCAGUCUGCUAGACAAAAGACUGAACGCGCCGCCUCUUUAACUCUUUCUCAGAUCUAUUCAGGAGUCGCUAUGGGUAGUUUGAGUAGUUUGUCAACAUUUUUAGCGAUUGUGUAUAUUAAAGAUCUCUCAUGGAACGUAUCGGCUCAGGUUUUGGUUAUGUUGAUAAUUUGUGGGGUGAUGACGGUUAUCACAAGUACAAGGACAGUGUAUCCACUUUGGAUGGGUUACAUGAUUUAUCUGAUGUACCCAACUUCGCUACUCAUGUUGUAUUUGCUUACCGUCGUUUGGGGUUGGUAA